AUGGCUACUAUUACACUCGUCCCGCGGUGCCCGCUGAUUAAGCCCCACCAUCAGACUCGAGCCACCACAGCCUGCCCCAUCCUUCCACGCAUCCGAUCGCGAAUGCAGUCGUCUGCCGCGGCCGCGGAUUCCGCCGCCACCCAAGGCACGGACAGCUCGGUGACAGACACGCUAAUGCAGUACGUAGUGCUGCGGCGAGACCUAAUCGACUCGUGGCCGCUGGGGAGCUUGGUAACCCAGGGCUGCCAUGCCUCAGUCGCCGCCAUCUGGAAUAAUAAGGACGAUCCCGACACCCUACGCUACUGCUCCCCGUCAAAUCUCGAUUCUAUGCACAAGGUGACUCUUGAAGUAAAAGGCGAAGCUCAGAUACUAAACUUAUCGGAUAAGCUAAAAACCGACGGUAUUGCUCACAAGCUGUGGAUUGAACAACCUGAGAAUAUCCCGACAUGCCUUGCUACAAAACCUUACCCAAAAUCUGUUGUAUCAUUGUAUUUCAAAAAGCUUAAGCUCUGGUCGAUCCUACGCACCCGUACCAGUCCCAAAAUUCAUGCUGACGGAUGA